UCCGGUUUUGUUAAUUCCCACCAUCGCCGAUUCUUUCCCCUCUUGUCAAUUAACUAAGAUAGAGGCAACGCCUUUUGAGCAAAUUGCAGCUUAGCCCGGCCCCCAUCCUUCAACUCUCAUUAAUCAAUUCCAUUAUUUCUGAUCUAAUUGUCCUGUCAGUAUAAAUGUCUCCGGCAGUGUUGCUGUCAACCAAAAGCAUGGUGACGGCGGAGAAUGAGGAUAAUAAUAGUGGUCAUCAUGAGAGGGUGCAGUACCAGAAAGGCGUGAAGUAUCUCUGUGACGGCGGCAUCGAAACUGUUCCUACCAAAUACAUCCUGCCGGCGCUGGAACGGCCCACUGCCAUGAAUGCCGGCGGUAGAAGAAAUGGCGAUGAUAGUAAGGUUAACAUUAAGCUUCCAAUCGUUGAUUUUGCGCAGCUUCAAGGACCUAACAGGCUUCAGGCCCUUCAAUCCCUAGCAUAUGCUUGUGAAAAUUAUGGCUUCUUCCAGUUGGUAAACCAUGGCAUAACCGAGGAGGUUAUGAGCAGCAUGAGAGAUGUGGCGAGAAGGUUCUUCGAGCUUCCGAUGACGGAGAGAGAGAAGUACAUGAGCUCCGACAUGUCGACGCCGGUCCGGUACGGCACUAGCUUUAAUCAAACAAAAGACGGCGUGUUUUGUUGGAGGGAUUUUCUCAAGUUGGUCUGCAAUCCCCUUUCCGACCUCCUUCCUCACUGGCCUUCUUCUCCCUUGGACUUUAGGAAACGGGCUGUUCCGUACGUGAAAGAGACCAAAAUGUUGUUUGCAAAGGUAGUGGAGGCCAUCCUAGAAAGCCUUGGCGUUGAGGAAGAGGGUGCAAAGAACAAGACAGGCGAAAAAAAAGGUGACGAUAAUGAAAUUACAAAACAACUAGUGGAAGAUGGAAGCCAGCUAAUGGUGGUGAAUUAUUACCCGGAAUGUCCUAAUCCUGAUUUGACUCUAGGGAUACCUCCCCAUUCCGACUAUGGUUUCCUCACUCUCCUCCUUCAGGAUGAUGUCCCCGGUUUACAAAUCCACCACCAUGGGGAUUGGCUCAGUGUUGAGCCUAUUCCGGGUGCCUUCGUCAUCAAUGUUGGUGACCAUCUCGAGAUAUUUAGCAACGGGAGGUACAAGAGUGUGCUACAUAGAGUUGUGGUGAACUCAUUGAAGUCAAGGAUUUCCAUAGCUUCAUUGCACAGUCUGCCGUUCGAAACGACAGUGAAACCGUCGCCAAAACUAAUUAACGAAUCGAAUCCGAGGCGCUACAAGGACACGGAUUUUGCGACGUUUCUUGAAUACAUAAAUUCCUGCGACGCCAAGGAGAAGAAUUUCAUAGAAUCCAGGAAGCUGACGAGGAGAGACAACGAGACAGUGAACAACCUACGUACUGAUUAAGGAAAAUGCAAAACAAUUUUGGAGUAUUUUUUAACGUGAUUUUAUUUUUAUUUUUGCAGCGAUUAAUUAUUACUCCGUAGAAAUUAAGUAGCAUUGAUUAUUUGGUGAGUUGAGGAGUAGAAGUGUUGUAUUGUAUUCGAUUUGUAGUAUAUAAAAUGAUAUGGAAACUGUAUAAUGGUAUACUGUCAUAUGAAAUAAUAUAAUUUU